AUGUUCGUGCUCGAAAUUGAUGGUGAUGCGGAUUUAACAAUCCACAAUAUUUCUAUAUUACCAUCUGAUCAAUGUGCCACAGACGAUCAACGAGCGGCGAAAUGUUGUUGUGGUGAUGGCUUUUUCUUCGAUUUCCCAACGAAAAAAUGUAAAGUAUUGGCAAAUGCUGGGUUCAUGUUUGGCACACUUAAUGAUAGUUGGUCGCAUAUUGUCAUUUAUGGCUUUAUUUAUCCGAUGAUUGUAGUCACUCUGAUUGCACCUUUAUGCGCAGUCCUUCUUGGAAUGGGAAAAAGAGAAAAACGUGAGGGCGAACAAAGAUUUCCAAAUCCUCUCUACCAAAUGAUAUGGCUACUUCUGUUCUGUGGAUGGAUCAGUCUUUUCUCACCUUUACCAUUUUCUGUAUGGUAUUAUAUUGUGGGCGACGGAACUCGCAGCUUCAAUCAUUCGAUAACGAUGUGUCAUAUUUUUCAAACUACCAUGGAAGCUGUUCCGCAUGCAGUGGAUACGAUGAUGACACUAUUUAGUAUCCUACUCGCUGGUGGAAGAUUUCUAACACAAUAUCAUAGAAGUAGGUUGAAAUUACGAACAAUUGAAAGGUUUGCGAAGGCAAUAUGGACGAUAAUAUUUAUUUGUAUGACACUAGGAAUUCUUCGAUUUUUCGAACAUGGCGCUGAUUUAUAUCAAUUCUGCCUUGAUACGGAACCAGGACCAUAUUGGGCAAGUAGAUGUAUGGUAGUCGAUGGUCCUCUGUUAACCAUAAUAAAUCGACGCUUUUGGAAAAUUGCUUUACCAUUAACAGAUUUUUGUAUUCAAUUUCUUUUUCCCGGAUUUCUUCUCGUCGUUUUACAUAUUGGAUUUAUAAAAGAACCAAUCAUUGACUUUGAUGAUAAACAUAAUCGAUUUGGGAGAACACCACGAGAUCAAACUCGUAUAUUAAUAACAGCGGUUACAAUAGCGUUUCUCAUUGUACAAGUUCCAACAGCGGUGUAUACCACAAUGACUUUAACUGUAAAUCAUUUUAAUGCAAACGUUCUUUCAAAAAUAGCAGUCAUUUUUGCUCAUCUUCAACCAUUUCUAUCAGUAGCAACAAUUGUCGCAAAUAAUGGUGCAAUGUUAACAGCGUAUUAUAUAAUUGUUAAGGAUAACGACAUAGAUGUGGGUGACUCUCACGCUACUGUAAGUAGUACCGACGAACUGGAUGAAUUACUUCGGUGCGACAAAGAUUUUCGAGAGAGAAGGUGA